AUGGCAUCUUUAAAAUCACAGGAAUACUACAUUCAAGGUAGCACUUCUAGUAUUCCAUCUACAGGCCAAGAAUCCAAGCUCUUUGGCCUCCUAUUUACUGGUCAUCUUUCAGAUGAAGCUUAUGGCAAGGACUCUUCUUAUCAACGUUUCCCCAAUACCUGGUCUUACACUCCGAGCUAUUGCCAGCAAGGCGAAGUUUGGAAUAACUAUAAUCAGGAUACUGUAGUCUAUCCCAUGGAAGAAUGCUAUUCUUCUACUCAGACCAUAGCAAAUAUUUACGAAGAUAAUAUGGAUAACGGUUGGGGAAGUGAAAAUUUAGACUUUGUGCAGCCUAGUCGACAGGAUAGACACAUCAUUCAACCGCGGCAUUCGAAUCAGCGACUAGCGGCCAAUAUGCGUGAAAGACGUCGUAUGCACUCAAUCAAUGACGCUUUCGAAGGUAAGUCACUUAAGUAA